UACAGAAUUCAGACAUGGAGAGUAAUUGGAUGUAAUUUUUAUCCACAGAUGAGAUGACAAAAGACAACUUCUACUAAAUCUUCAAAUAAGUGUCCAAUCAUGAAGGAUGGGUGUUUGUUGCGGAGCUGCUCCUGGAGGAGAUCUUGUAUUGCUGAGUCGCAGUUCAAUCUCCAUUCUAAUUUUCCAAAUAUCUGACGAGACUAGGAAGGAUGUGGAAGAAGAAAAGUGGCCCCUGCAACAUCUUUUUUUUAUAAAAUUUUUUUUUAUUUUUUCUUAUUUUUUUAUAAGAUUUUUUUUUGAGCUCCCGGCCUCGCGCAGAAGUGCGAGCAAGAAAGAGGGAUCCUCGGGAGCUGGCCCAGAAGAGCUCGAGAGUGGCAAUGACGUUAUUGUCCCGACGUGGGAUGAUUCGCCGAUCGGUGAGUCGUUUUUUAUUUAA